UAUUCGUGCCUGAAGUUGAUCAAGAGGCACCGCCAAACCAUUGUCUCCAAACAAAAACAUCAGCUCUGCAACCUCCUCUCAAACACUCCUCAACCCCAGCUUUUGCCUUUGGAAAUGGUGGAAGCAGUUCUCUUCAGCCUUGCCACUGACAUACUGAAAAGCCUAGCUGCCGAAAUGGCGAAACCUGGAGGCUCAUUCGCUUCUCAGAAGAUCCAGUUGCUCUGCGGUACCAAGGACGAGCUCCAAAGUCUUGAGGACACCAUCCAGACCAUCCAAGCUGUGCUUUUGGAUGCCGAGAAGCAGCAAUGGCACAGCAACCAGGUCAAGUUCUGGCUAAACAGGCUCAAGGACAUGCUGUACGACAUACAGGACUUGCUCGACGAUGUCGCAACCGAAGAUCUGAGGCGAAAGGUCACUUUCGGUAACAAGAAGUCGAAAGCGGUACGCGUUUUCUUCUCUAAAUCAAAUCAGCUUGCACACCGUCUCAAAGUGGCUAAUAAGAUUCAGGAACUUAGGAAGAAACUGGAUUGGAUUAAAAAUGAUAGGGGUUCCAUUUAG